UCAGAGUUGGACGUUGCAUUCCCGCUAAAUUGCAUUGCGUGUGCGGUUUACGUGAAAAAGUUGAUAACAGAAAUUGAAUUGAUUUUUUUUAUUGUAUUUUUGUGGUUUGUUUCCCAGUGUUAUUCUACAAUUUUUUUUUUAAUUAUUAAGUGUGUGUAGUGUUAUUAUGUGAAUGUGUUGUAAUUAAGGCCACUGCCCGGGGCAUCGUGCUCAGAAGGCCGACACUGUUAAAUUGAAUGCAACUUUUUUAAUACAAGAUACUGGCACAUAUAAGGCGGACUUCAUUUGGUAUGAAGAUUCAGAAAAUUUUAGCUCCUGUAGGAGUUUGUAGACACAUAAAAUGAAAAGUGAAGAAAGAUACACGACAGAAAACAUUUCAAUGUUUUGAAGAUGCGUCUGCCACAUCGAAUUAUAUUGUAUGCCAUCGUCUUCCUAUUAUGCAUUCAAGUAUCAGAAGCCAAGAGGUCCGGAGUGUAUUUAUGUCCGUUAGGAUUCAAAUUAGCUUACAUUAGAUUUAGUGAUAAUUAUGUAUGUUAUAAGCUGAAGGAACCUGAAGAAUUUGCUAGCAAACUGGAUAAUUGCGAUGGGAAUCUGUACACUGAAGCAUUGUAUCGCAAUCUAAUUAUACCUAAAAUCGACGAAGUGGACAUAGUGUGGGCUGAUUACAAGUUAGCUUAUCCUGGAGGUCCAUUUAUUGGCACAUCUCGUACUGAUUAUCAAGACAUAAUUUACAAUGCAACGGUAUUUCCUAAUUACGACACAUACCAGGAUUUAUGUUUAAUUGUAAAUAAACUUCGAGAUUAUACUGCCGUGCGAUGUGACGAAAAACAUUUUCGAUACUGCAUAGUAAAACCCUAUCCUGAAACAGAGAUUGGAAUUGACAGAACGGGAUGUAAUGACUACCAUCAGUCUUGGAGAUUUAUCGGCCCCAGGGAAAUUUGCCUGUUCAACGUGUCAGGUCACGGUGGAGGCCCUGUUAGGGCGACGUGGAAACAGUCGCAGGCACUCUGUGUUAAAAAUGGUGGAUUCUUGCUCAAUAGAGGAUGGCAGUAUGCAAACUUUCCUUUGUUUUACAAGUCGGGUGUAUCGCUCAUACCGUUUGAUCCUCCGUUUCACGAAGAAAUGAAUGGACUAUUGUUUAACAUGGAUACCUUAGUAUACUACACUGUAGGGAGUUUUGGUAUCAAGAAUGAUACUGUGUUCGAGGUCAACAGUUCCAUAAUCUUCUACAACGUAAUCUGCGAACAUUCUGUUCAACCAAGAAAUAUAUUUUUAAAUCUAACUAUCAAUUCAGAUAAACUUCUGUUAUUCACCAACAAUUCGGUGGAUAAACGCAACAUUUAUUGUUAUACAGACUCCGAGACUUAUUAUCCGACUAAAGUGAGACUCCAUGAUAAAAAGAAAAAUGAAAGCGAGUACAAUAUAUAUAGGCUGUCAGCAGAUUUCGAUGGUUACUACUGGUGUGUUUAUGUCGAUCCUGAUAAUUUACAUGAAACUGAAUCACAAAAAGUUCUUUUUCUGCGUGAUAAGAGAUACUUAGCGAGUCGAUAUGCUAUCAAAAUUCGUCUUGAACGACCAUAUGACUAUAAACAGGAAAAGUAUAUUAAGGAAUAUUGGGAAGCAAAUUUAGAAACGUUCAUUUUCUGUAGAACAAAAUAUAUCGAAGAAAAUCGCCUUGAAGUUAAAGAUUUCGAAUAUUUGGAUUUACAUAUUGAACAGAUUGUAUAUAAUUUUAUGAGUGCAACAGAUUUGUCUGACAGUGACGUUAUUUUAGAUAUUAAAAUAAGAAGGAUGUAUAUGGACAAACGAACAAUUCUUUUCCAUGUACAAUUACGUGAAGAUAUGAUACCACUGGAUCCAGUAAAGAUAUCAAAUGACGAAGUGUUGUUCAUGAAACCAGUCUAUAUCUGUAAAUCACAAAAUUCAUUGUCGCUCUUGCCAUUAAAUAGUUCCAAAUCUUUACCCGGUUGUAGAACGUACAAGUGCGUUGGAGAUUACGAUGAAGGCGUCUCAUUAGUAGAAGAAGCGACUCCUGACUGCAGCGUCAGUAGCUCUGUUGCUAUGACCGAAACAGUUGUUGUUCGAAAUAAUGAACCUACACCGAUAAUGCCCACUUUCGAGACCGAAGCAUCUUCAACAACAAAACAAACUCAGCCGAAUCUACGCGAUCAAACAAGUUCAGAAGAAUAUGUUGAUAAUGCAACCACUGAGUUCUCAACCAGUUAUGGAUCAACAUAUACAGAAGAUAUAUUUACGACGACUGAAACUACUACACAAACGGUGACCACAGAUAAUACAUUCACUUAUGGGACAACCACUGAAGAUAUAUCGACGGCUAGCAAUCCCACUGAUACAACUGAACAAGUAUCUACAGUGAACACACCAACGGAAGAGAUCUCAACAUUAACUACACCAACUGAAGCUACCACUAAUAACAGACCAACAGAAAUAACUACAACAUCGAAAAGACCAAUCCCGUAUCCAACAACGUCGCGGCCCACAACCACUCUGCCGCCUGAAGAUCAGCUGGAACAGGUGUUAAAUGAUUUGGAUACAUUGCUACAGGACAAUUCUAUAACUCUAACAGUAGAAAAAAUAGAAGAUACAUUUGAUCAGGUUGAUAAUUUGUUUGAUAUUGGUUUAGAAGCAAUCCCCGGUAGAUUAUUAAAUCUGCUCGAUGAUCUUGGUUCGAGAGUAUACUUAAACGGAUCAAGAACGGGCGCGACUAUCAGAAAGAACAUAGCAUUACUGGUAGCUGAUGCGGCGCCUGAAAAUCCAGUUAGAGGAUUCAGGCUCGCGAAUAGCUCUGGAACUAAUGACUUCACGGAUUUCCAAUUUUUGGCUGAGGAUAUAAACACCACUCACUUAAUGACCAACGAAAGUGAAGCCCUUGUGUACUUACCAGAAUCUGUGACUAAAUCACCCCGUCGUAUAAGCUUCGUCGUAUUUCGGAAUGAACUCGCUUUUCAAUGUACCAAGGAGGUCGGUAUCGUUAACAGCAAAGUAGUCAGCGUUAACGUUGGAAAUAUGACCACGUUUGAAAACGGAGAGGUGAUAGAUAUUCACCUGAGCCCUUUGGUAGAAGAACCAGACCGCAAUGCUAGUCGCACAUGCGCCUACUGGGAGUUCACAGAAAACGGCACAGGAUACUGGUCUACGAACGGCUGCACAUUCAUCAAAUCAACCGAGCCUGGAAUAUUGGAUACUUGCCGAUGCGACCAUCUGACACACUUUGCUGAAAUUCUUAUUCCUCGGACAAUUUUUUCACAACGCCACGAGGAUACGUUAGAAAUAUUGUCUAUAAUAGGAUGUUCUCUUUCUCUAUUUGGUAUAAUUUUAAUUAUGCUUACAGCGGUAAUGUUUCGGCCUUGGCGAAGAGAAUUCAGCAAUAGAAUUUGGCUCCAACUAUGUAUUGCAAUAUUUCUUAUAUCUAUUUGUUUUAUGAUUAUUGUUUUUGUCAAAUUUGACGGGUAUGAUAUUCCGUGUAUGCUAGUUGGAGUAAUGUUGCAUUAUUCAGUCUUAGCGUCCUUCUGUUGGAUGUUAGUAGCAGCUGUUAUAUCGUACAGAAGACUGGUGUUAGUAUUUACUAGAGAGAUAUCUCAUAAGCUUCUGAGAGCUUCUGCUUUUUCAUGGGGAGCUCCAUUUGUGGUAGUGGGCGUUCUUCUUUCAGUGGAGCCGUUUUCUUAUGCGGUACAAUUUGAAGAGAAGUCUCCCAGUGGAAGUUUUUGUUAUCCUUCAGGUCUUAGCCUAUGGUUGGCUGUCUAUGCGCCCGUUGCGCUUAUGCUAUUAGCAAACUGGACACUAUUUAUCCUAAUAGUCCGUUCUGUGUUUGCUUCUAGAAGGAUUCAGAGGCACGGCGAUUCAAAUGACGCACUGAGAUGUGCGUGUGUUAGUUGUUUGCUUGUGUUUUUAUUCGGUUUACCCUGGAUAUUUGGCCUCUUUGCAUACAAUAUCGUAGCUGCUUACUUUUUUACUUGCACUGCUACUUUGCAAGGUUUCGUGUUAUUUAUUUUUAUUAUUGUUGGUAAUAAGAAAACUAGAGAUCUCUGGUUGAAUAAAUUGAAGAUUAAGCAGACUCGCAAGAUUCCUGUCACUUCUUCCACGUACACUAACAGAAGUGUGGCUGGUGUAUCAAGAGGUAGGGACAGAAGUGUCUCCUCUAUGGAGGCUAACAACCUCAAACCUAGGUCAUUAGCUUCUGAUGAUGAUUCUAAAUUUUCAUGAUAUACCACAGUAGUAUUAUAUUUACCACUUAAAUGAUUCAUAAAAUUUAUUAUUGUUUUAAAAAUGUUGAAGUAAUUUUUCGUAUCACUAUUAUUUUGUUAUAGUUUUCUAUACUAUAUGAAAGUUCCAAAUGUGACGCAUGGAUCAACUGUUUUCACAUAUCGAUAAACAUGCAUUAUGUUCAGCAUAAGCAAAUUUAGAUAUCUUCUUUCUUGCCUUUAUUUUUCUUUGCUUUAAUUAAUGUAGAAUAUUGAAUUUACUAUUAAUCUAAUUACUUUUUAAUCAAUAAUAGUUUAAAUCAGAAAUAAUAACCGAAUUACUGAUCUGUCUAGUCGCAUGUUUAGCAUCAAAUACAUUAUAAUAUAGAAUUAAGUUGUAGCUAUUUAUUUUCUUGUUGUGUUCAUGUAUAUUAUUGCGUUGUUUCUUUUAAAAUUUAAAUUUUAAGAUAAGGAAUGUAAAGUUUUUAAUACAUAAACUACUUUCAUUGUUCCAAAGAUGUAAAAUAUUAAUUGUGUCGUAUGUUAAAUAGAUUUAUUAUAAGUUUAAACGUGGUGAGUGUUUAUGAAUGCAUAAAUGUUAGUUUUUGGUUUUAUUGUAUUAUUUUAGUUAAAUUAAUAAAUAGAUAUGUAAUUUUGUGUAGACUGAUUUAGUGCCUCGAAUACGAGUAUUUAUUAUAAGUAGUAGCUCAUAUACCCUUAUCUUUGGUGUACAGUUAGUUAUUUUAUAAUUAAAAUAAUAUUUAUCUUCGAAUAUUAUAUUUAUAGUAACAUUGGAAAUAUUUAUUGGAUUUUUUUUAUUUCUUUGUAUUUAUGUGACUGUUUACUUUAAUGUUGGUAUUAAAUUCAUUUAAAAACCCUUAUAUACCUAUAUGAAGUAAAUUAAUUUUGUCAUAUUAGAUAUAUUUAUAUUAUUUUACAAAGUAAAAUACAAUUAAAUAAAAAAAUUAAUACAUUACUAAACAUUAUUGUUAUAAAAAUUAUAAAUUAUUAUAUAUAAUGUGAUAUAAAGACUUAUAAUUUUCUUUUGAAAAUAGCUACUUUGAACAAGAUUAAAUUUAAAUGAAACCGAAUUGAGAGUAUACUUUUUAGAAUGUAGAAAUGCUAAGAAAAAUUAUAAAAAUAGACUCACAAAAAAGGUUGCCAGAAAUAAAAUAGUUAUUAAAAUAUUCUCAAAUCAGUAGUUAAUUAAAAUUAUGCAAAUUAUUAUUAUUAUUAUUAUCAAUCCAUGCACGUUUCCAGUGAAUUAUUUUUACAAUUAUUUUAAUUUUAAUUUUUUUUUACAAAUACAACAAUGAUUAUAUGAUUGUUGUAAAAAAUCGAUUGCGGGAUGUAAAGGCAUGAACUGAAUUUGAAUUAACGAACGAUAUUAACACUUCAUUAACACUAUCAAUAAUUAAUUAGAAACAAAAAAAAACAAGAAAAUAUGAAUAAAUCGAAUAAUGUGUGUUGUAAUCGUAUGAUGUUAAGGUUUUAAAAAAAUAAUCCCGCAAUAUUUUUCUACAAUAUUUUUUAUGUUUUUCAACUUGUAUAGUCGUGUUUUAAAUUAUGUCUUAUAUUUAUAUUUUUCCCAAAAAGGGUUGACGUCGGGCAGGCGGCCGGUUGUAAAACUAAAAGCUAAAUCUUUUUGUAAUAUAAUUUUUAAUUCUGUCCCAUUCGUGUUUCAACCGUGAAGCAGUUGUGUUUGCAUGGCCGUGUUUCGGUUUGAAGGGUGGGAUAUGGCGUGAAUUUACUGGGUACGGAGGAAUAACACCUGAGUCCUCAGGAAUAGCAACGCAUGGGGGGUAUCAUGGGCGAAACAGUAUACUCUGUCAUGUCUAUGGUACUGCUUAUGUCUAUAGGCCACGGUUACCACUUUCCAUCAGGUGGACCGUCAGCUUCUUUGUCAUUCUAAAUUGUAUAAAAAAUAAAUAUUAUGCCGACUCCAAGUAAUAAUUGUAUCUGUAAUUAAACCUCAAUAUUUAUUUAUUAUAUUUACUAUGGGCAUAUAAAUUUGAUUUGGCUGAUUGUAAACUGAGAUAGUUUGUAAAAAGUUUGAUUGAUUUUAAGAAUUUUGUUUUCUCCAAUUAGCCAUCAUCAUUAUUUCAGCCAUUAAAUGCCCAUUGCUGAACAAAAGCCAUCCUCGUAAGGGGAGUUUCGCCAAUCGUUGCCACGCUUGGCAGUCAGGUUGACAACCGCAGUUAGGCUUUUAGAUAAUGUUUUAAGUUUUAAGACGAUGCUGCCUAUUCUAUUCUAUGCCAGGACCACAUAAACCAUUUGGAUAUUGUGAGUGUUCAAAAUUAACCUUUUUACAUACAAUGACAUUGUAGUUUUUUUUAUAAAAAAGAAAAUUGAUAAACAAUUAAAAUAAAAAAUACAUACAAAAAUAUCAAGUCAACAGACGGCAUUUUCACUUACAAUUAAUAUAAUUAAUAAUAAUAUAUAUAAUAACAAGAAUCAGCACAUUUUGUAAACAUAAAUUAGUGGUCCUUCGAGCCGGAAGUAAUUCUUAAGGAAUUGACCAAUGAGUAUGUAAACGAUCAAAAACUGCAGUAUCACUAUAUUGAUAAUACAAAAUCAAAUCUCUAUAUUUUUCUAAAUUGGUUUACCCAAGACCAAUAUCUAACUAUAUAAAUAAGCAACUUGAUAUUACUUGUUAUUGUUGUCUAUUGAAUCGAAUCUUUCAUUUGAUAGGAAUAAAGUUUUUGUAUUUUGAACCAAUAACUAUUUCAAGUCAUUAAACUUGACUUCUGUGAUAUAAAUAAUGAAUUAUCACAAAAUAGAAUUAACCAUUUAUCAUUAUAAUUCAAAAAAUGUUAUAUAUAAAACUGUAUUUAUAUUAUAUUUUAUUAUAUUAUUUAGUUACAUCAUCUGAACUUAUCGUAAUUGUUGUUAGUUCUCAAAUAUCUAAAUGUUAUCAUUUAAUGUAACCAUCACUGUCAGUAUUAUAACAAACUUGAUUUUAAGAAUGUAAAUAUAAAUUUAUUUAUAACAAUUAAUUUUUAAAAAAAUAUAUUUAUUUAUUAACUGAACAAAAUGUUAAUGUAAAUAACUAAAGUAAUGCACAUUAUUAUAUUGGGACUGAUUCUGAAAUGGCAUUCUCUAAAGGUCGGUCUAAAACAUCUCCUUAAAUAAGAGAAUGACUAUUAGUCAAAAUCAAGCCUAUUGUGUUGUAAAGAGGCAUUUAUUUUUAAAUUUGUUAAAAUAAAUGAUAUUUGCGUUUAUAA